CAAUGUCGUUUCGUAUUGUCACUUGUGAAUAAUUUAUUCAGCACAAAAACUAUUAAUUUAAUCAUAAUUACACUAAACACGUAAUUACAAUAUUAAAUAACACAUUUAAAUCGUACAAAAAACUACACAAUAACGAAUCAAACGAAUUAUUUCCGGAAAUACAUCACACUCUAAUAAUCUAGUGCACCGUUGAAUCGAAACUCCUACAAAAUGGAAGUCAAAGAAGAACGUUCGUCAUCAACAUCAACAUCAACAUCAACAUCAACAUUAGCAUCAGCAACAACAUCAUCUACUGCUAUCGCUUCGCUCGGCAGCAAAACCGGCAAAUCGCCCCGCAGGAUCACCGACGACGACUCCCUGAAGGGCCGCUUCGGCUGGGCGCAGAUCAUGACCCACGAUCUGCCCUACCUCUUUCGCUCGGACAGCAAGUACGUCUGCUACAAGAUGCUGGAGAUCCGCAUCUGCGCCAAGCUGUUCGCCGGCUACUACAAGCAGCUGGUCAGCUGCGCCAACGUGAAGUACGCGCAGGUGACCCAAGCCGAGGCCGGGCUGCUCAACGACAUCAACUCCAACCACUGCAACUUCCAGUUCGGCAAAGAGAAGUACUCGACGGAGGAUAUAUUGUUGAAGUUGAACGAUGCCGGCCAGCUGUGCGCCUUCCUGCACGCCUGCUAUCUCAGGAUUGAGAACAUCAAGGAGUACGAUAUAUCGAACCGGUGCGGGUUUAUCAGGAUCAACAAGGAGUCGGUGGUACCUUACGUCGUGCUGGGCGGGCAAAAGUGCGUACCGUUGUUUUACUUCGAAGGGGAAAUCAGCUAUUUGAAGAAAUUUACAUUGAGAGCCGAAGGCUGGGAUUUCGCUUACUUGAAGUUCUGCUGUAAGAUUCAAGGCAUAAGAAACGACCUGAUAUUGGGCAGCUACUGUCCCGUGGUGAGCAUCACUCACCUAACGAACCAUUUCCCGCCCGACACGGUAUUCGAGGAGUACUGGCCUGGCAGGAGCGCCGGCGAUAAAUUCAAGCAAAAAUCCGACGCGCCUGUAUCGUUGAAUUCGCUGUACAAUAUGGCCGUAAACGCGAUUACCGUUCCGGAAGCGAACGUCCACCAUUACAAGAGCCCCCCGAGGAAACGCCUGGCGGUUUUGCCGAAGUUUAUUAAAGUCGCGAAAGAACCGAUCGCUGCGGGUAAUCCACCUUCCUCCAGUAGCACCCUGGUAGCGGUAUCGCACGAGUACUCCAGCAGUAGCUAUUCGGUGUACAAGAUGCAAUAUGUGAUGGUACACGAUAAAAUCGUUAUAUGCAUUAAUAUGAAACCCAACGAUAUAAAUGAUAGGUGGGUGCCGGUAGUGGAUCUUAGUACAGAUUUCUUCUUUGGUAUACCGGUUAGCGUUUGCGAGCAGGUCAUAGACGUGCUGGGUAUUGAUAUUUACAAAGCUAAUACCGCCCAAAUGAGGAUAUUGAAAACGACAGGACGGUACAGUACCAAUGAAGUGCUGUCGAUGGUGAAAAUCGAUAAAAUUAUGCAGUUCCUGCCGCAGUUAACUUACAUGAUUAAGAAUAUUAUUUACAAAAGUCAGUCUAUUAAGAGUAAACAGUAAACAGUAAUUAGAAUAUGUUGGUAUAUAAAUGAUAAUUUAUCGAUGAUGUGAGUAACAAUUCGGUGCGUGUAAGGGUAAAUGUAAUCGAAUAAGCAUUUGUAUUGAUUAUAUGCAUUUUUAUCAUUGUAAUACACCCUGUAUGCGAAAAGGAAGUUCCCCUUUUUUUCAGAUAAUGUCGGUUUUUUUCUUUCGACUCUGCGCGACGUUUUCGUAUUAGAUCCACAAAAGGCGGAAGAUUUAUCAAUGUAUUUAUUCGCCAUCCGCCCUACAUAAUACGAAAAGUCAUAUAUAUCUAGAUUUGCAUAUUUGUAAAAAUUUUCCCGGGGUUCGACCGUACACAAUGCGGCCUCUGUAAUCUUUCAAUUUCA